AGAAAGUAAAUAGUUUUAUUUUUAUUUUAUUUUAUUAUAAUUUGCUUUUUAACAAGUUCUUUCAUUCAUUCCAGCACAAGGCUGCUGGCUUUCUUCUUCUCUCUCUAUGAAUCUUGAUGUUUGUUUAUGAAUGAAUCUUCAAAAAGAAAUGGAUUCAUUACCGGAUGCUAUUGUUCAGUACAUUCUUUCACAUCUGAGCAAUGCCAAGGAUGUGGCAGCUUCUACCUGUGUUUCCAAGCAAUGGAAGGAUUCGAUCCCUUAUAUCAAGAGUCUCUAUUUCCCUAGAAAUCUCUAUGAUAACCUUACUGGAGGAGACACGCCAGAUAACAUUGUCAACAAAUUGCUCUCAUCAACUACUCGUUUAGAAGAAUUAGUUGUUUACUGCCCUUUCACUGCCGCAGGCCUUGCUUCAUGGCUAUCCCAUUUGUGGCCAUCUCUCAAGCUACUUGAACUAAGAAUGGAUAAUCUGUUUGAACAGCAAUCCUUACCUGAUGGACCCUCAAAAUUGAACUGCAUUCGGAUUGUGAACAACAUUGAGUCUUUGAAACUAUGGGGUGUCCUUAUUGUUCAUUCUCCUAAUUGGGAAACUUUCCAUAACCUUCGAAAUCUCGAGAUUGUGGGUGCGAGAGUGGAGGACUCUGCGUUAUCUGAUGCUCUCUUGGCUUGCCCGAAUCUUACUAAUCUGUCUAUCCUUGCUUGUGAAGGAUUGAAAUCAAUUUCUAUCAGCUUGCCAUCUCUUGUGAACUGUAAGCUAGACUUUUAUGGUGUGGGUAACUGUUCACUCUCACUGACUUCUCCAUAUAUAGAGUCUCUAGAGGUGCAAGGUUGUAGCUGGAUAAAGGUACUUGAGACCCAUUGCUUGCGGAACCUCUCCAUUGCCAAUAAUUCAGGGAGAGUGUACAUGGUAGAUUUUGGUAAACUUGGGGCACUUGAGUUUUUGUCGAUAAGGGGUGUCCAAUGGGGUUGGGAGGCAGUUAGCAAAAUGCUUCACAUGGCGAGUGAGGUGAAGGACUUGUAUAUGAAAGUUGAAUUCACUGGGGAUUAUGAUGUACUUCUUCCAUUCCCUGAGAUUGAUUUGGUUGAUUUCUUCAAUAGCCAUCCAAAACUCGAAAAGUUCUACAUCCAUGGUGCCAUGUUUGCUGCACUUUGCCAGAAGAACAGUCUGAAAAAUGUGGAUUCGAGUUUUAUGAUUCCUUCACUCGAGGAGGUGGUGAUAACUGCGAGGUCACCUUUGAAUGCAGAACAGAAAAUGAGCACACUCGAAUCACUGAUCAAGUAUGGGGUAAAUUUGAAGAAGAUGAGAAUAAGGAUUCUUGACAUGAAGAGCAGUCAUAGCAGUGCUGAUGAGUUUUUCCAAGAUGUUUGCAGGUUUAGACAUUUUAACCAUAACAUUGUUUCAAUUGAGUAGAUUUCCCCUCGCUAUCAUCACUACUGUUUCCUUUCUUGAAAUUUUAAAUUGUAUUCUUGAUUGAUCAUCAGUUUUUUGGGGAUAUUUAUGUGUUAAUCACACAUUCUUGCAGUUUUUUUCUCUGUACAAUGGGUCCUAUUGAGUUAUGCAGUGGCCCUGUAAUAACAUACUAAACAUUGGCUUUGAGUUUAUUGGCAAUUAUUGACAUUUGAGGUUUCA